AUGGACAAUUACAGCCACCACCUACAAUCUGGCGCAAACCUCCCGCCCCAAUUCGCCCCAGUCCGAGAAGUUCAUCAUCAGAGUCAUUACGGCUCAACGAGCGCGAAUGAGGCAACUCACUACGGCGUCCAGCCCACAUAUACUUCCCCGCCACUGUACCCAUUUGCCCCUUCGCCAUACAGCCAAGUUCCGCUACCACAGGCUCCGCGCCCGUUACUUGGUCUACCACACAUGCAUGACACUUCGCAGGCACCGUGCUCGGACUGUAUCGUGAAUACGACUGACACGAACUUCGUCGCUGUGAACGGCGGCGGCGAUGCUUCUAUGGCUGCGCCAGAGCUUGCUGCUCCGCUGGGACAAUAUGCGGCAACGGCAUCGGCGCCGCGGUAUGAAUCAAGCUCAUACCCAGUUCGAACAGGGCCGUCGAUGACACCGGCACCUUCUAUGGCACCGAUGCCCUCUAUGGCGCCGCCACCCCCGCCCAUGCCGCCACCUACGACGUCGGCACGAAGCGCCACAAGCAUAGGGCGUCAUCGCAGUCGUGCAGCGCGUAUGCUUUCCCGUACACGCGGGUAUAUCGGCAGCACUCGUGAGCGCACAGGCGAAGCAGAGGUUCAUUGGUCUGAAGUGGACGAGGAAGGGACGUGGGUGUUGAUGUUUGUGCCUGCUCAGCGCGGGUACGACUUUUGA